AUGACAUUACUUCCUUCACUUUUACGGUGCUUCCAUCAGAACAGAUGUGGUGUUGGGGUAAUCCUUAUAUCUCCUGAAAGCACUCACAAUCUAAUCUCUACAAAACUCCAAUUAAAUGUUACAAACAACGCAACUGAUUAUGAAGCAUGCAUAAUGGGUCUAGAAGCCGACAUAGCUAUUGGUGUUCAAAAACUUCGAGUGUACGAGGAUUCUUCCCUAAUCGUCAAUCAAAUUUCCAGAAAAUGGAAGGUCAAAAGUGAAAGAUUAGCCCCUUACCAAUCAUAUAUCGCAAAACUAUCAGAGCAAGUCGAACAACUUCGUUACACAUACCUUCCAAGGGAAGAGAAUCAAUUUGCCAACGCACUGGCAAAACUGGCUUCAAUGAUCAAUAUUCCAAGCGGCUUGACUGAAAUGCCCCUUAUCAUCGAACCUUGCCAAGACGCAACAUAUGUCUAUGCUAUCCUCGGGGAAGAACCUGAAGAAGAGAGACCUUGGUUCACAGACAUCCUAGAAUUUGUACACAAUUCCGAAUAUCCGCCUCACUUUUCAAGGAAGAACCAAAGAGCUUUACGCAUCCAAGCGGCAAACAUUAUCAUUGAGAGAGCCAUUGCUCUGGGAGAAGUUGCUUUGGGGGUGAGGAGCCUUGAGUGCAUUGACCUCGUGAAUCUUGGGUCCAUAUUCAAUUUUCAUACCCCUUCAUUUUUCUGUAUAAGGAGUGGGUGCCGAUGGUUUCCUUCAUUAAGUCAUCCUCAAUGUCCAGCCCAAUAUGUAUGCCCUUUCAAUGGUUUAGAGACCCAAAAACUUCAUGUGGUUGUUGUAUUUCAGGAGCAGACUGGCAAUGAAAGUCUUGACUAG